AUGUUGAUGUCUGUGAUAUUUAUAGCUUUAGCAUCGCAGUUUCAAAUAGCACUGGGCACAAAACAUGCGUGCGUUCCAAACACGGAGUUCGUAUUGAAUGGACAAUUGUGCUUCUGCGAUAAGGAAGGAUGGUGGAAUAAAUCUGAUUGCAGUGCUAUCGGCCGCCGUACAUGCACACCCGGUCAAAUUAUAUGGCAAGGCUGCAAUCAAUGCAUCUGUCAAGAGAAUCAACAAUUAAUAUGCAAUAACGAAGCAUGUUAUGGUGAUACAUCCUCAGAAGAUACUCACAAAAGUGAUCUUAUCUUACCCAAUUUUGAAUUUUCUGUAAACAACGAUUCCACAUACUCUUGGUGUACGCCAUACAAGUCGUUUUAUGUCAACUGCAGUAUUUGCGUUUGUUCAGCUACAGGUAAAACAUCUGAAGCCCACUGUGUCAAAGAUCAUUCGUGCCCGAAUCAACCGUCGUCGAAUUCUGAUUUUUUGACUUCAAUCAAUAAGAACAUUUGUAUACCAAAAGUCAUGUACUUGUUUUCAUGUAUCCAUUGCUUGUGUUCUGAUGGAGGAUAUUUUAUUCUUAAUCAAUGUGUCGAAACUUGCCAUCGACCACAACAAUCUCAAAUGACUAGAAGAUGUAUCUCCAGAACAUUCUACAUGAAAGAUUGUAAUGUAUGUUGGUGUACGGAAGACGGUGUGGCAGACGACAAAUAUUGUACUAAAAAUAUUUGUAACAAGGCAUCUUCAUAUAAAUCACUCGAAUCGCUAAAAACUGUUCGUAGAAAAUGUCAGCCAUACACUUUUGCUAAGCCGAGAUGCUUUUAUUGUACUUGUGAUGCAAAUGGUAACUUGAAUGAAAACGCUUGCCUAGAGUCAGAUUGCAUUAAAAGUGAAUAUUUCAAAUACGAUCUUACCAAACAAACCUGCAGUCCAGGUGAAAUGGUUCCAAUAUGUCAAGAAUGUUUUUGUUUAAGAGGUGAACUGACCAACCAAUCCUACUGUUCCCAAGUAUGCUCUUAUCAAAGUAAGCUUAGUAUUCUUGAAAAAAUGUUAAUGGAUAAUCAAGGUAACACUGAAAUAAUAGAAAAAGAAUAUAUCCAACAUACCUCUGAGGGUGAUAGUUGUCAACCUAAUUCUGUUUAUUUAGACCACAAUCGAUUUUGUUUAUGCCCAGAAAACGGUAGCACCAAUUUCAAACUAUGCACAUCGAUUAUUGAAGAUACUAAUAUAAAUAAACCGAAUGAUGCAUUUUCUAGCAUAGCUGUCAAUACGAGUCUCAGUAUUUCUUGCGAACCGAGUUCAUUUGUGGAGAUCGACUGUAACACCUGUUACUGUGGUAAGAACGGUAAAAUAGAUCCUAAAUGGUGUACCAACGAUGAUUGUGACGCUAAAAGAAUCAUUCAAAUUGGUCAGACUUCAUUGCGCGACUCGGUGAUUGACAAAAUCAACGAUACCUGUGUACCAGGAUCAGUAACGAGAGUCGGAUGUAAUUUUUGCAUUUGUCCCCAAAGUGGUAUUGCCAAAGAGAGGGCUUGCACAAAAAAUGUAUGUUCUGAUUUCCAAGAAGUGUAUGAUGAAAAAUUUGUUUGUGAACCUCUUGCUUAUUAUUUGGUAGAUUGCAAUGUAUGUCUUUGUCCUCAUGAUGGUGUUAAAAACGUGGAAAAAUGUACGAAAAAGGUUUGCGAGAAGACCAUUUUAAGGUCUGACAGCUGCACUCCUGGACAAUUCUUUAGCAAUGAAUGCAACGUAUGUGUUUGUCCACCUAAUGGCAACAAAGCCGACAGAGUAUGUACACGACACAAGUGUUCUGAUCUAGAUACUCCAUGGAGAAAAAUAUUUAGAUUAUCUCAAAGCUUGUUAGAUAGUAAAACGAUUCAGGCGGCGCCAGUGGUGAAACAGGAUUUAGACUUUUGUUUCUCUGGUGAAGAAUUCGAAAUUGAUUGCAGGAUAUGCGUAUGUCCAGAUGUGGGGUUGAAAUCUCAUGCGACAUGUUCAGACGAUGUGUGUGAUGAGAAAAAUAAUCAAGAUAACAACAGAUUAGAUGUAAGUAUUGAAAUAGUGACAGAUAAUACAGGCACAACCGUUGCUGAUACAGAAGUCGACGAAUCGCCAAUACCUCAUAAUCAUACAAUAUAUAAAUGUACAAAACCUGGCAAAGUCCUCGAUGAAUGCUACAUCUGUGAAUGCAAACAUGAUGUUAUAAUAGAAGAGCAUUGCUUCAAAAGCGACGCGGAUGAAUGCGAGAAUGCAAAAGCCUCUUUUUUGGAUACAGUUAAUAAAGUUGUACUGGUUUCUUGA